AUGCACCCUGGUAAGGCGACAGGCCGGGGACCGUCCGCUUCUGUCCUCGCGGCCUCUGGCUUCGCCCCGUGGUCUGCGGCCUGCCUGCAUAUCCGCGCAACUGCCAUAUCCUUAUUCCCUGUCGUUUCCGACCAUUGGGGAGUGCUGGUGACCACUGACGGGAAAGGAUGCAAGCUGCAGGCGGCGGCCAACGCUGAAAUACCCAAGGCAAGAUACUUGGCAAGCCAGGUACCCGCCGAGCUCUCCGUAACGCCCGGCACUUGGCAGAAGCCAUACGUCACUCCGAGUCGUUCAGAGUCGCUCGGCCGAAAGUGCGCCGUCGUCAGCAACGGCGCAGAUGCAGCCAAAGCGAACCCCAUGCAGCCCAUGGUUCGAAAUGACCGGAUGGGAAAGAGCCAAGCAUCCAAUUGCAUUGGUUCCGAGCAUCCCCCACCCAUGCCAGUGGAGGGUUCCACCCGUAGGUCUUACCAGAAGCCUGAGGGGAACCUAAGAGCCCUGGUCAUCCGCUACCCCCUGUCGGUCUCGAACUGGCGCGGUCCAGACCGCGGUCGCCCCACCCCGAACUCGCCGAUCGAUGAUCUCUACCUGCCACUCUCAUUGGCCCCAAUCCGGCAGCUCCUGUCAGGCUAUUUUGACAUGCCAAUGUUCAACUGCCUACCUACAACUCCUGUUGCCCUCUACAACACCAACGCGCAGAUCAACGUUUGGCCGCGACAUGGUGACGUCGCUGGCACCCCAAAGCAGUCAUCAUACCAUGAUGCCGAGCUUCUGCUGUCUGUGCCGGGUCCCGUGCGGAAGACUAAGCCGGCCGGAUCCUAUGUCUAA